AUGGAAUCUGGUGUGAUUUGCAACAAAGCAUUAGAUGAAUUUGAAUCAGAAAUUUCAGUUUUAACAAAGGCAUCUGUUUCAUUGGAAAAACUUCAAAUUGGAACCACUUUCUGGGAAACGAGGUUAAGUAUUGCAUUGGAUGUGGCUAGAGGUAUGGAAUAUCUUCACUCUUUGGCUCAUCAGAGCUUUAUACACUGGGAUCUUAAAUCGUCCAAUAUUUUACUUAGCGAUGAUUUUCGAGCCAAAGUUUCGGACUUUGGACCGGUGAAACUCGUCCCGGAUGGUGGGAUGUCAAUAAUGACUCAGCCCAACAGCAGCAACCAACUUUCACUUGGGAUUACUCCUAGUACUGGUGAUUCGGGCAUUGGUGGUGUUCCCGCUAUACAGCUAAAGAAAAAACCAUAUGUAGUUCCGUCCCUCACUCCUGUUGCGGCUUUUGCUGGUUUAGCGCUUUUAACCGUCCCUUUAGGUCUCCACUUAUGCAAAUUGAAGAAAGCUAACUCAAGUGAACCACCAAGCUCACUUGUUAUUCACCCCCUAGACCUGCUUAACUCGGAUAACACAGUCAGGAUUUCAAUCGCCAAGGACACACAGAUGCUUGCUAGUGUUGGAAGUGGUUCGAGUGAGUCCCCUGUAAUCAAGUCUGGAAACAUGAUCAUUUCAGUUCAAGUUUUAAAAAAUGUGACCAAAACUUCGCAAAAGAAAGCGAGCUCGGGCAUGGCGGGUUAG